AAAAAAAAAAAAAAAAAUUUCUCGCGUACGGAGGAGAGUAUUGCUUCCAACAGUUCCAUGAAGUGGCGAGAAAAAGGAUUCCCGAAAAAUGCACUUUCACACGAUGAUUUCAAGCUACGAACAAGAGUGAGUGCCGCCAAGCUGCAAAUUGAAAAACUGUACAUCCACGACUGUAAAUCAGAUGAGCAUUUUUUGCUAGUUGUACUUCCAUCAUCUUCGUCGAACUGGUUUUGGAUUUUACGGUGAAAAGAUUUGGGAAGAUUUGGUUCUGGUGGCAGAAUCUCUGAUGCUUCAACAUCUCCUUGAAGCAUCUCUACUACUCUGCUCAUUGAGGGGCGAUCACUUGGGCUCAGCUGAAUGCAACUAAAAGCCACGGAAUUGGGCUCGGGGAAGAUGAGUGGCAAUGCUGAGGAGUUUGAAGGGUUAUAUUACCUUGAAAGUCACUAUGAACAGAGAGCAAAAAUGGUUCUUUCUACAGAUAUUGUUGAUCACAAUAAAGAGGAAUCAGAGGAGGAAAGCUAGUAUGAGGAACAAGCUGAAGAAGAUGAAUCAUAUUCAAGGCAGCAACAGCAGAUGGAAGGUAAUAUACCCCCAAAACACUCUGAGGCGAAGUCAGGAAUCUGAACCAAGCCCGGUUGCUGGUGAUUUGAGUUGGCCUAUUGCUAUUUGGAAGGGAGCACGUUCAUGCACCAAGCAUUCUAUUGACAGGGUAUUCAUGGCGAUGCAGCGUGGGAUAUUAGAUGUUGCUGUGCAAUACACCUGCGAUGUCGUAAAGUACACUUGGGUAACUGAAGAGAAACAUAGUGGUCACAAUGAACCCAAGGAUGAACAAGACUUGCGGUAACAUUAUUGAAUGGGAUCGGUAUGAUGAUUAUGUUGUUAUGCUAAAGAAAGUGAUUGUGGAAUGUGGAGUGAGUGUUUGAAGCCAAGAUGAUGAUUCUCAACACACUAUAGUGUCCGAUUGGUUUGUUCAACAGAGAAUGUUGGCUGUCGAUGUGGUGGCUGAACCUGUUCUCCAUGAUCCAUGCAUACAAUCAAGGUGUAGUGUUUAUGGACCAGAGAUUCGAUUCCCCUUUAGACUCAAAGGAAAACAGCCAGAAGCGUGUGGCUAUGGUUCUGGCUUUGAUGUAUACUGUACUGAAACAAACAAGACAGUGCUCGAGCUGCCUUCCUCUGUCAAGGUUUUCGUCCAAGGCAUAGACUAUAAAUCACAGUUCUUAACUGUAUCUGAUCCUGAUGGAUGCCUUGCUCAUCUCACUUUAUAUGCGUCUCCUUUUCGGUCAACUUACAAUUAUGGAUCAGGUGGAUAUGCAUUAUUCAACUGUUCAGGGACGUCUCGUAGAAAUUCAGAAUUUCGACAAUGGGGGGACUUUUCUUGCGUCGAUGUUCCUGGCUAUGAAGUUUUAGCUAUACCGUACACAGAGAGAAUCAUGGACAACCCUCUGUUAUCAUGCAUGAGAAUUCCUAGUUACACAUCAGUGCCUGAGUCAUUUAUUUACAGUGACCAUACAAUAAGUCUAUCUUGGCCCAAACCGGAUUGCAGAAACUGUGAAGAAAAUGGAGGGCAGUGUAAAUUGAGAGAAGACAAAGUUGAACGUGAACCUGAAUGUAUCAAAAGCCCUCGUAAAGGUCCACCAAAAAAGAUAGAACUUGCUGGUGAAAUCCUAGGCCCGUUUCUGCUCAUAUUUGUUGGAGUUAUUAUUUAUUGGGUCUAUGCAGCUAGCCUCGAGAGGCAAGGUUACAAGAAAAUUAGGCAGUUUUUGGAGGAUUACAAAGCACUGAGGCCAGCUCGGUACUCCUAUGCAGAUAUAAAGCGAAUCACAAAUCAAUUCAAGGAUGAACUUGGACAAGGAGCUUAUGGAACUGUCUAUGAAGGGAAGCUAUCUAAUGAAAUUCUGGUUGCUGUUAAGCUGCUAAACACUUCAACAGGGAAUGGACGAGAGUUCAUCAAUGAAAUGGAAACAAUGUGUCAAAUUCACCAUGUCAAUGUUGCUCGCUUGGUUGGCUACUGUGCAGAUGGAUUCAAACGAGCUCUGGUUUAUGAAUUCUUACCUAAUGGUUCAUUGCAGAAAUUCAUAACUUCAGCUGACAGAAAGGACCUUUUUCUGGGUUGGGCAAAGCUUCAUGAUAUUGCUCUUGGCAUAGCCAAAGGAAUUGAGUAUCUUCAUGAAGAUUGUGACAAACGAAUUCUUCACUUUGAUAUCAAACCACACAACAUUCUUCUAGAUGAUAAGUUCACGCCUAAAAUAUCUGAUUUUGGUUUGGCCAAACUGUGUUCGAAGGAUCAAAGCAUUGUGUCAAUGACAACAGCUAGGGGAACUUUGGGCUACAUUGCACCAGAGAUAUUUUCUCGAAAUUUUGGCAAUGUAUCCUAUAAAUCAGAUGUUUAUAGUUAUGGAAUGUUGCUUCUUGAAAUGGUUGGAGGGAGAAAAAUCACAGAUGUCACAGCAGAAAAUACCGAACAAGUUUACUACCCACAAUGGAUUUACAAUCUUCUAGAGAACAAUGAAGACAUACAAAUCCAUAUAGAGGAAGAGGAGGACACUAAAAUUGCAAGAAAACUAUCUAUUAUCGGACUUUGGUGCAUUCAAUGGCAUCCAGCAAAUCGUCCAACCAUGAAAAAUGUGGUUCAAAUGUUGGAAGGAGAUGAUGAAAAGCUAAUUUUGCCUCCUAAUCCUUUUGGGUCUGCACAUGCAACCAGAACAAGCAUUGUUAAUGGAGCAAGGAGAUUGAAACCAGAGUUAUCUGUCAUUUCUGAAAUAGAGUGAAGUUGAGAUAGUUGAUGUAUACUCUAACUAUUUGUGUAUUGUUUUUCUUACUUUCUUGUAUAAUGAGCUAGGUAAAAUGUAAGUCUGAGUUUAGAUUUGUUGCCAGUCUUUUGCUUUUUGUUGAUACAAGGUUCAAAAUAUGAUCAUACCCAGUUAGACAUGGAAAAUAUUCUACGAGGUUAUAAAUUAUAAUAAAGUCUCCAUGUUGUUCCCA